AGAGAUGCCAGUAUGAUAUAAUUAUUUUACGUGGUUUUCCUUGAUCUUGAUGCCGCACCGCAAAUUUAUAAUGGCAAGUUUCCCCCUUCGACUGACCUAUACUUCCAUAAUAUUUUCAAUGCUAUUCUCAAGUUCAACAGCUCGAGUGAAAGCAUGGUGUCGCUUUUUCAUUGUGUCCAGCUCCGCAUGUACGAUGCUGUGUUAUGUAUACAUUAACAUAUGAUAACAUAACAACCUCCGGUUUCUUUAUCGCCGUCAUCAUGGUCGAAAAGAUUUACAUCGUGCGGCACGGCUUCCGAAUGAACUGGGUCAUGAGCAACUGGAAAAGCGCAACUGGGCUACCGAGGGAUCCUCCUUUGGCUGCAUUGGGCGAGGCGCAAGCACGAGAAUGCGCGUCGUACUUUCUUUCGCUACCAGAGGAUGAACGGCCUACAGCGAUCUUCUCUUCCCCUUACUAUCGCUGUCUGCAAACAGCCUCUCCUGUAGCUGCCGCUCUCGGUAUCCCAAUUUUCGUUGAACAUGGUCUCUCGGAGUGGUAUUCCCCCGUCGAGCCGAACACAGGACUUCAUCCCCGCCCUGGACCUGCAUCUUCCCUCGAACCAUACUUUCCAGGUCAGAUAUCGACCGACUGGGACAGUAUUCACUACCCCUCGCGACUCGGAGAAACUGUCGAUGAGGUUCACGUCCGCGUUGAGACAUUCCUGCAAGACUUUUUGCCUCUCCGACCUAAAGGAGAGAGGCUUCUACUUGUGAGCCACGCAGCUACGAUUGCUGCGCUGGUAAGGCUACUCAGCGGAGAGAGGGAUAUGCCCAUCAGGAUUGGAUGCUGUUCGUUGAGCCAAUUUCACAAAAAGAACGGAAACACUUGGUCCAGGGUCAAGACAGCAGAUGGCUCUCACCUCAGUGGAGGAUCUUUGAGAGACUGGGGUUUCCAGGAUAUCGAAGUCGAAAAUGGACGGGUUGUCAAUGAUCCUGGUGUUCUCGGUUCGGAGAAUGAGAAAAACGAACCGGUAGGUUCAGUGGUAGGCAAGAAUUUGAAUGUUAAUGUUACAAGUAGUUUGUAGUUAUAGA